CUGGAACAAUCCGCCUGUGCGUUGUCCUGAUUAUGCCAAGAUCGAAUAGUCGAAGAAACGCGAUAUGUAUAUUUGUACAUACACGUAUAAAGUAGGCAGUAGCUAUACGAACAUAAACGUAAUGCAUACAUUGCAAUUAUGAGUUGCUACCAAGAUCAUGGAUCAACCGAGACUCAAGAGUGACAUGAACUAAUAAUUGUUAUGAUUACGACAUUGGUCUACUUACGAAACGUUCAAAUCGAAACCGCGCAGUGUUGAGCGUCGAGAUGGAUCGCGUUCUGUAUUACAAGGGGUGGGUUUCGCUUACCUUCAUCUGGGUCAGAUGUAAUUCUAGGAGUAGUCGAAGGAGUCGCGUGACACCGAACUUUCAAUUCGUGUAACUUCAUCGCAUCUAUGACGAUCCGAUUUAAUAAGUACUUAGAUACCUACUGCGCAACCAUGUACUUGCUUAUCCGCGUAGGUCAGCGGGUAAGUUGCGUGUGCAAAUGUGUUUAUACAUGUUUCUUCGUUUCAUUCGAUUUCUGUCGGCAUCGAGCCUGUCCACUGUGAUAGCGCGUCGCCGAAGGUGCGCCUGAGAGCACCGGUACGUCAGAGCAGCGAAUCUGAUGCCUGUGCGUUAAAGUCCAUGUGCACGGUACAUGGAGAGCUCAUAUUAUACUAUGAAAGAGCAGCACAGCACGCUAUCCGUGCCUCCGUACCGGUUAGUGGUUGCUGACAUUGCAACGUAAGUAUAAGUACUUCGUCGAUCAGUUAAAGUAUGGAUACACGUGUCAAAAGUGACAUCGCAUAGCGUGCUAAUUGUUCGCGAAAUUUUACUUACCGUAUAACGUAACAUUUAAUUUCUCUGAAUUUUUUAGUCGCGUCGUUGAUUUUUGUAUCGGAAUCACUUUGUAUCUACGUUACGUAGUGUAGUAAAAGAGAAGUGUGUUCGCCAGAUGAGUGAACAUCGGAAGUGUCGCUACGUAAAUAAUAACCGUGAGAUUGGUACCUUCGUUAAAGCGGAAAUUGGUGUAAUAUAAGAGAUUACCAACGCUCUAUAAGCUUUCCUCUACUUAUGUUAUUUCUUAAUUUCGUGUGUGCAAUUUUUUCAACGAAGAAAAAUUUACUCCUUCGCGGACGUAUCUGUUGAGUUUGCAACAGUUUGCAAUGUUUGCAUUUAUGUACAAAUUAUACGUAUACAAUAAAUAACAUAUGACGAUGUAACUUGGUCGACCGACAACUUAACAAAAAAGGGGAGACAAUAUGAAAAUGCGACGCAAUUUAUUCGCAUAAAUCGGCAUUUUUUUCUCACUUUCCUUAUCGUACACCGCCUAUACCUCGUCCAAUUUAUAUGGAUCAACGUCCGAAAAAUGUUCGUGCCUUUCAUCCAACGGACCCAGCUUACGGUACGUUGAAUUACGAUAUCGGAGCGCUGAAUAAGCGUCAAAUACGACGUUUAAAUUCGAGAAAAGGCAUCGAGAGAAACGAAAAUGAACUUUAUCUUGGAGCGCAUCCAGAAAUCAAAGGGUUCAUCUCAAUUUUACUUAGGUACGUGCUGCAUAAGCAACCUUCGAUGGACCUGCACGAAACGAUAGGUGAUUUUUUCAACAGACCGCGUCAUCAAAUACUCGUCGAUCUUUUACAAUACUUGUUGCAAACCGAAGAACCGUUUUCACUCGGCGAUGGAUUUCAAAUGCUGACAAAUUGUUGUCCUUAAAUUUUGAGACACGUUUAUCGUACAUAUUUCAUGUAGUAAAAAUAUAUUCGAUUCGAUAUA